ACAUUCUUUAUUUCAAAAAGUGAAUUAAAAUUUUUUCAAAAAAAAACAAAAACAAUGGAAGAACGAGUUGAAGCAAUGUUGGAUAGUAAUGUUACAAAUUCUGAAUUGAAACUUCAUACUGAAAAAUUUAAUCAAGCAAUGCGUGAUGGUAAAUGCGAUGUGGAUACAAAAUUUCAAUAUGCCGUUACAUUAUCUCGUUCACGAAUAUCGGCCGAUCAUCAUCGUUCUAUAACAUUACUAGAAGAUUUAUGUGUAUCUGGUGAUCCAGAAGCAUUUCGAGAUUAUCUAUUCUAUUUGAUCAUUGUCAAUAUUAAACUUCAUGAUUAUGUACGUGCAUUGGAAUGUGCAAAAAAAUUUCUGGAAAUUGAACCAUCCAAUCGUCAGGUACAGGAUCUAAAAACUUAUGCCGAAAAGAAACGUUUCAAUACCGGUAUGAAAGGAUUGGCUAUUGUUGGCGGUGUUGCAUUAGCUGCUGGUGCAUUGGUAAUGGCAUUCAAAAAUAAAUGAUCAAUUAAUGAAU